AUGGGUAAAAAUGUUGUAAAAGCUUCUGUGAAAAAGGAAAAAAAGGGACAAAAUAGCCUUGAGAAUUCGGAUAAGAAUUCUAAGUCCCCGGAAGUUAAAAAUAAAGUUACUCCGUCGUCAAAACGGUCGUUACCACAAGUUCAAAAAGUAAUUAAAAAUUCAAAUGAUACGAGUUCCGAUGAAACUUCUAAUACGGAAAGUGAUUCUGAAGAAAAUUCAAGUUCUGAAGAAGUUUCUAGCGCAGAAAGUGAAAAGAAAGUUACACAGUUAAGAUCUAAAGAAAGUGACUCCGAAGAUUCGAGUGACUCUGAAGAAUCUGAUAGUGGAGAAGAGAGUGCAGAUUCAGAACAAAAACCUAUUCCCAGACAAGAUUCAAGUAGUAGCGACUCAGAUACAAGUGAGUCAGAGGAUGAAAGCUUAGUAAAAAAUUCAUCAAAAAGAUCGACUUCUACUCCAAUUAAAACUUCAAAAUCAGAAAAUGGCAAAAGUAAUGGGCAAGAUUUAGGCAAUAGUGACUCAAGUGCAAGUGAAUCUGAAGACGAUAGUAGCGAGGAGGAAUCGAAACGUGAAGAAAAUGGCAAAACUAAUGGGCAAGAUUUGAACAGUAGUGACUCAAGUACAAAUGAACCUAUCUCUACACCAGUUAAAAAGCCUAAGGUUAAUGACGACACGUCUUCAGGUAGUACAGUAUUUGUUGGCCGUCUCUCAUACAAUGUUGAUGCUGAUUGGCUGCAUAAUGAGAUGAAAGAUGCUGGAGAAAUAGUCGAUAUACGCAUAGUUUACGAUAAAGUAACUGGAAUGUCGAAAGGGUUUGGAUAUAUAGAAUUUGCUAAUUCUGAAGCAGCACAGAAUGCAUUAAAGUUCGAGGGAAAAGAAAUUGAUGGUAGAUCUAUUCAUUUAGAUAUUGCUAGCCCGAAAAGUGGACCACAGAGAAGCAUGAGCGAAGUCAGUGAUACCCUCUUUGUUGGUAAUUUGUCUUUUAAUGUUACAGAAAGACAAGUUCGGGAUGUUUUCAGUCAUUACGGGAGAAUUAUUUCAAUCAGGCUUCCGACCGUUCCCGGUACAGAGAAUCUUAGAGGCUUUGGCUAUGUUCAAUUCGCAGACGCUAGCAGUUCUCAGCAAGCUAUGGAAUUGAAUGGUACAGAAAUUGAUGGUCGUCCUAUUCGGCUUGAUUUUUCUCCAGACAGAGACAGACAGUCAAACGGCAAAAGUAAUGGCAGAAGUUCUCGCUUUGACAGUCGUAGCGGUGGGCGUGAUUUCAGCGGUGGGCGUGAUUUCAGCGGUGGGCGUGGUUUCAGCGGUGGGCGUGAUUUCAGCGGUGGGCGUGGUUUUAGAGGUGGUCGCGGCGGGCGUGGCGGACGUGGCGGACGUGGCGGAAAUAGUUAUGCAGCCGCAAACCGAGGAGCGAUUGUCCCCCCACAGGGAAAAAAGAUAACCUUUGAAUAA